UGCCUUCUUCUCCUAUCUACAAAUAAACCCACGGUCCUCCCCCUCGCAUUCUCUUCCAUAAGGGCUUUCUUAUUCUCUGCGAGGUUUCAUAACCUCGUAGAGAUUAGAAGCCCAUAAGAAAGCCACAUAGUAUUAUCAUAUCAUAUUUCGAUCACCACCACCUUCGAUCUCUCGAAAUGGAGCUCCACUCUCCUGCCGCUGCUAAAAAGCUAUGGAACUACCUCCGCGUCGCCUUCUUCAUGAUGAGGAAGGGCUUUAUUUCCAAGAGGAGGCUAGUUAUAGACAUGAACCUCAUGAUGAAGAGAGGGAAGCUCCUCGGUAAGUCCCUCGGCAAUCUCAUGUUCCACCACCACACUCGGCCACCCCAUGCCCCAAGCUUCGGCCUACGAGAGUACGAGUUCUCAUGCAGCAACAGCCCUAACCCGGUUUUUUUCCACGUGAAGCGCCGCCACAACUACUUUCCUUGCCUAAAUGCCGUCGUCGAAGAGCCCGACGAGACCCCGCGGCCUGCCGUGGUGUUGCCAAGAAUUGAGUACUCCCCCCAGUGUUCAUUUCUAUCACAAGAACUUGCCCCGGGGGAGAGGUGUAGCCCGCUUUCCUCACCCUCACCUUUCUCUGUUAGGAUCUCGAACUAUUCAACUGAGGAUGAGGAAGGUGACGAUUCUGGCCAAGAGGUGGAUGAUGAGGCUGAGGAGUUUAUCAGGAGGUUCUAUGAGCAAUUACGGGCCCAGAGCCGCAUUGCUUUGCUUCAGUACCAGGAGAUGGAGUACCAGGAGAUGCUUGCAAGAGGAGCGUGAUGGAAUUGUACGCAUACGUAUGCGUGAUGCAUGUCUAUGUACAUACGUACAGAUGCGUUGCUUUCACAUAUGGUGUUCAGAACCUUCCAGCAUUUUAGAUGGGAAGGGAGUUUGGUGUAUGUUUGAUUGCUGCAUCUCAUGUUGCACAACUACAUAUUAUUUCAUUGUAUUUGCUCUUUUCCAUUUUUCUUUCUUUUUUUCUUGGGUGGGUGGGGGUGUGCAUUAUGACUACUACUCUUGUUAUAUCUAUGUUAUUAUGAUUAAUUAAGUGGGUAUAUUGAGCUUUGUGGAUGUCAGGGAGAGUGAAGAUGGGUUAUGUUUUUUAAUAUUACCCGUCACAUAAUGGUUCGAAGUGUUAAAAAAACUUCUAUUUCGAGUGGUUGUUUAUAUGCCUAUAUGUGGUUAUCAUUCUCCCUUA